AUGGUUUUGGGAGAGCUGCGGAGGGCGUUUCACAUAUCUGAUGAAAAGCACGAGGAGCUGAUGGAAUUCGUCAUGCAAGGCGGAAAUCCUGACCGGUGUGCACAACAUAUUGAAUUCAGAGUUGGAGACGCUGGAGCUGUCCAUCGUGGGAUUGAAUGGCAUAUGGAGGGAUUGGAUCCACUCAAUAAUGCAUCCCAUAAAGAGGAUUGGCAUGUGAGAACAAUAGAGGAUUGCUGCUUGGGGACAGAUAUGGUGAUGUUGGACAUGUGGCCUCACACAGGAUGCUCUGAAAGUGAUCUCCAAAUGGGUCGUGACAAAGGAAUGUUGGUGUGUUAG